CAAGAAAGGGAGCAAGUGGAGGAAAGACGAGGAAUAAGGAGCUCCUUUGACAUUUUCAUAGAGAUUUCAAACUUUUGCAAACAACAGACAUCUCAAUGGCUGCCAGCAGGGACCUCGCUUUUCCCCUGGCGAUCGUUUGCUUGGUUCUCAUCAGGAGCUACUCUCCCCAGCCUACGACAUCACAAGUUGUAGAGAAGAAUCCCAUAAGACCUGUGACACCACACGGGAUAGAGACCAAGAACAAUGUGUUUUCCGACAAUGAUUACAAUAUAUACGAUGAACCAGUCACCCCUAAUACACGGGACAAAGUGUCUCCAAUCGUAGGGCCCCGUAAGCGAUGUGACUACAAUACCUGUCUUGAGAGUCAGAUCCCCUGUGCUAAACUAUCCCUGACCGGAUGCUUGUGUCCAGGGUUCACUUUACAUAACGUGGUUCCAGAGGCUCCCAACCUGAAAUCAGUGUCCUGGAACGGCUCAGAGGUUGUUGCUCAGUGGUGUGCACCUCUUUCAUACAUAACAACUUAUAUUGUGACAGUAGGGGGGGAAGAGAGGCAGAGGUUUGGGGAGGACAAAAGGAGCGGCGGACUGGGACACGUCGACCCCCUCACAGAGGUUUGUGUGGUUGCAGUGAACGAUGCUGGAGACAGUGAAGGAUCCUGUAUGAAGUACCAGUCCAGAGGCAUCAGUCUGCCUAUGAAAGCGGGACUCAUCGGGGGAGCUCUGGUCUUCCUGCUGCUCCUCUUGCUGGCUGUCCUGCUCUGGUGGCGCAAGAAGCAAAGGAAACAGGAGACCAGCAUCUCGAUGCAGUGAACAAGUCUGGACACUCAGUGAGAUAAGGCUCUGUCCCAUUAGACCCCUCAGCGACAUCACAGCUAAUGUGAUUACAUUAUAAUGUCUGAGGUUUUCUGCAAAAAGAAGCUUCUUGAAAAUGCAGAAGGCAGUGUUCGUCAUCACACAUGAAUAUAUCUAUAAGUGUAAAAGAAAAGUCCUCACGUCCAUGAUUUGAAAUUACAGCUGCAGAAAAAUAUUGCACUUAUUCUCCAAGCGAGACGAAAAACACGACUGUUGUCAAAAAUGAGCUGUUUGUUGAACAGAUCUCAGGACUUGAAGGAACAUCCCAGCAUGUAGUCCCUGCUUGCCGCUGCUCAUUGUAGUUUAGAUCAUUAGUUAUUGGGAUAAAACAUGCCAAACCAGCAGUACGAUAAUUUAAGUAUUUCUUCAUUCCUUGAUGUCAGGGAAUUUAAGAUUUUUGUUUCUGAUUUUUGUUCAUUCCUCGAAAAACUACUAUUUAACAGAAACAGCCGUGGUCCUGGGAAAACCGUGUAUCUCCACAUCAUUAGGUUUCAUGAAUUAAGAAAACUGUUUUUAAAAAAAUUUAAAUAAUCAAAUUGGGAGAUACUUGGUUUUCUUUGAACAGGGAAGGUUAUAUGAUGAAUUCAAGAUGUCUUGACAGUUUGGAAUACAAUGAAAAUAAUGAUUUAUACCAGACACAAAAUAGCCAACAAAAGUUCAAAUGAUUUUGAAUAUUUUGAUAUUAUUUGUGGUCUUGGUACAAUUAUUUAAUUUGGGUUAGCUAGCAGUUCUCUGUGAGAGUUGUGUGUAUUAAAUUACAGAGUGAAACGAUUUAUGAUCGUAUGAUAGAACUGAAAGUGAAUGAUGUGCUGUAUUAUGUUCUGUAUUUAUGACAAUAAUUUGUAUGCUGCCGUAGAACUUGUACAUGUUAAGAGUUCGAUUUGACAAGAUUCCCUAAAGACUAAAGGGACAAACUGAAGUCUAUAGCACAAAAAACAAGACUGACUGUUCAAGCUGAAACUACUGAUUAUAAAAAGUAUGUUAAAGAUUAUUUCAAUUUUUUGGAUGGGUGUGGUUUUCUUUCUUAGUCUGAAGUUGUGUCAGCAUACUGAGUAAGCACAAGUGUUCAGUGCUGUUUUUUCCCCAACUGUCAUACAAUCGCCUUUUCACUGGAUAUGGAUUUUGUGGGGCUUGUCUCAUUCCAACUGAGACUUCCAGUCAUCCAGCACUGAGCUGGUGAGAAGCUUCAGGCAUUUAUUUUUUUGCCUUGAUGAAAAAAGAGAAGAAAGUCCAAUAUUUAAAUCCCUCCCCAGUUUAUCUCAUGUUCAAGCCUCCAUCUGCAUGUCUUGCAGCCAUGUUAUAAUUCCUUUUUGCUCUGGCUGCUGCCACGGAGUUGUUCCACUGCUCCUGGCGUCUUUCUUACUCCAACUGCGCUGCAUAACUUACAUCGCAAAGAGCUGCAUGGAAAUCAUCUAACAUCUGUAAUUUGGAGACACAACAGAUUGUACAUUUCAGUGGCUGAAAUGGCCUCCAGAUGUUGCUUUAAUGGCACAUUCUCAGCCUGAAUGCAGUCGCUAUCAAACUGGGAGGGGAAAUCUUGACAUGAAUGGGCCAGUAUGAGACCAGAUGCAAAAUAUCAUGUUUUUUUUGUAAUGUACUUAAACCUGUAAAAUAGAUUUGACAAGAACUACUAUCAGAGCAGUGGGUUUCUGCUGAUGGUACCAGAAUAGCACAAUGUGUACUUAUGUAUAUAAUUUCAAAAUAA